AAUAAAUUAUUAUUAAUGACAUUUUAUGAACAUUCUCCAUUCACCAGUUAGUUUAUAUUGUCCCAUAGGGUCUGGAAUUAUUCUCCCGAGGGGGUCAGAGUAUAUUUCUGGUCCUCUCCUCCACGUCAAAGAGGAACAGUCUCUAUGAUAAGUUGGUGGGGGUGAGGGGUGUGUCCCUACAGGUUCCUGAUCUGACUGAUGCUACUCAGAAGUGGCAAACUGGAGAAAUAUCUAAUUAUGAUUACCUCAUGUUCCUUAACUUUGUUGCUGAUCGGAGUUUCAAUGAUAUCAUGCAAUAUCCUGUGUUACCAUGGAUACUAGCUGACUACACUAGUACUACCCUAGGAGCACUGAAUGAAGAGAGACUAGCAUUCUUUAAAGAUCAUUAUGCUGAGAUGUCUGGAAGGAAGUUUCUCUAUGGCACUCACUACUCAGCACCUGGUUAUGUACUGUACUAUCUCGUCAGAACUGUCCAGCAGUGUGUUCCAGUGUAUCCAGUAUCACAGGUACAGUUACCAGGUCAAUUGUCAUAG